AUGCGCUUCGCCCUCGACCCCGACCGCGCGAAACGUCGAAAUAAACCGUCAACGACGUCCAGACGCGCGGUGGAGCGCACGAAGCGCGCCGAACGCGCCGAGCGAGACGCCGAAGAAGCUGAAAAAGUUCUUCGUGACUUUGAGCACGAAUUCGGUGACGACGACGCGAAACGUGCGCGAGAGGACGGCGAUGACGAUGACGCGCGCGCGGUGCGUAUUGAUGCCGCGACGAAGCGAGCGCGGGUGAUGGACGUAAUGCUCGAGGAGUUCGUGGCGAACGACGAGCGACGACACGAGUUGGCGCGCGAGCGCGCGUGCGAGGACUCGGCGACGGCGCGUGCGGGCGGGAGAGACACAUCAGAGGGAACGUUGGAUCGCACGACAAACAUUCGCGUGCACGGAUUACCGCGAGACGUGGAUGAGCUGUCGCUCGCGCGGUCGUUCGAGCGGUUCGGCGGCAUCGCGAGCGUGAAAAUUUGGCAGCCGCGAGAGGGUGAGAUCGAGAGCGGGACGACGGGUGGGUACGUGUGCUUCAUGUCGAGGACGAGUGCGGAGCGAGCGGUGCGAGAGAUGCGAGGGGCAACGGUUUUGGGGAGCGUGGUUGACGUAGAGGAGGCCAAGGCGAUGCGUCUGCCCGAGCGCGCUUCGUGGCCCACGAACGAGAGUGAAGCCAAAGCCGCGGAGCUUCUGUCAAGGGCGGCCGCGAAAACGAUCAGGGAGGCGCCACGUCAACAGCCAGCGGCGACAAGCUCGGCGUACGGUGCGCCCGACGUGAUCGUUCGCGUACCAGAGGACGACGAACUUCGGAGGCGCAUCGACGUCACCGCUGCGUACGUCGCUGAAGACGGCGUGCCGUUCGAGCGAGCGCUCAAGGCUCGAGAGUUGCAAAACGAGGACUUUCGUUUUCUAUUUGAUGCGUCAUCGGAUGCGAGCGUGUACUACAGAUGGCGCGUCUUCGCAUUCGCCCAGGGUGACGGAUGGACGUCGUGGCGCAUCGACCCGUUCAUCAUGUUUCGAGGCGGAGCGCGUUGGAUACCACCAUCAACAUCCGAGAGUGCGAUGAAGCGCUCUGGGACCAAGCUCUCGCCGGAAGAUCGCAAAAGUCUCGAAGAGAUCUUGCGCCACGUCACCACAUCUCGAGAUGACGUACGCGACGCGAUGGAGUUUGCGGUGGAGCGAGCCGAGUGCGCUGGGGACGUCGUGGACGUCAUCGCGUCCUCCCUCAUCGAA